GGAGCGCGGCUGGAGGAGCGCGCUGACGGCGGGUCGAUGCGGGCCGCGCAGCCGCUCACGUCCACCGGAGGACAGGAACCGCGUCCGAACCCGCACCGGAACCCGCACCGGGAGGGCGAGCGCGCGCCUGCUUGUCACGCGCGGAUGCUCCGUCGUUGUUGCUGAUUCAGACGCGCGUGCACGCCGAGCAGGACAACAUGACGUCAUCAUGAGAUUAUAAUUCCAUCCCUGCUUCAAUCCCGCGAGACUUCCGCGCAUCAGCGUCAUGCUGGCCAGGAAGGGCCUGCUGCCGGACGGCUUCCUGCUGACCCGGCUGGCCGAGGACCAGAACCAGCGGAACCGGACCCGGGGCCAGUCCCAGAGGGCCCGCUUCAUCACCAAGACCGGGUCCUGCAACGUGGCCCACAAGAACAUCCGGGAGCAGGGUCGCUUCCUGCAGGACGUCUUCACCACCAUGGUGGACCUGAAGUGGCAGCACUCGCUCCUCAUCUUCACCUCGGCCUUCCUCUGCUCCUGGAUGCUCUUCGCCAUGAUCUGGUGGCUGCUGGCCUUCGCCCACGGCGACCUGGAGCCCCGCCCCCCGGGGGCGGAGCCGGGCCCCGCCCCCUGCGUCACCGCCAUCCGCUCCUUCACCUCCGCCUUCCUGUUCUCCAUCGAGGUGCAGGUGACCAUCGGCUUCGGCGGCCGCAUGGUGACGGAGGAGUGCCCGCUGGCCAUCACGGUGCUGAUCGUGCAGAACAUCCUGGGCCUGAUCAUCAACGCGGUUCUGCUGGGCUGCGUCUUCAUGAAGACGGCGCAGGCCAACCGCCGCGCCGAGACGCUCAUCUUCUCCCGCAACGCCGUGGUGGCGCCGCGCAACGGCCGGCCCACAUUCAUGUUCCGGGUCGGGGACCUGAGGAAGAGCAUGAUCAUCUCCGCCACCGUGCAGCUGCAGGUGAUCCGGCGCACGGUGACGGCGGAGGGCGAGGUGAUCCCGGUGUGCCAGCUGGACAUCCAGGUGGAGAACCCCCUGCGGAGCAACGGCAUCUUCCUGGUGUCUCCGCUCAUCAUCAGCCACACCAUGGAGAGAGGAAGUCCGCUGUACGAGCUGUCCGCCCAGUCGCUGGCGGCCGAGGACCUGGAGAUCAUCGUCAUCCUGGAAGGUGUGGUGGAGACGACGGGGAUCAGCAUGCAGGCGCGCACCUCCUACACGCCGGAGGAGAUCCUGUGGGGGCGGCGCUUCGUGUCCAUCAUCACGGAGGAGGACGGCCGCUACUGCGUGGAUUACUCCAAGUUUGGGAACACGGUCCCGGUCCGCAUGGCGGGCCUGAGCGCCCGGGAGCUGGACCAGACCCGCGGCUUUCCCCCCGACGGCCCGGACCGCGUCCCCGCGCAGGGCUGGGGCCUGGUCCGGGCCGGCCGCGGCGGCUUCCGCAGGGGGGGCCGCGCCUGCCACGCCGACGGCCACGCCCCCCAGCCCUGGUACGCCCCGGCUGAGCAGCAGGGGGCGGAGCUGCAGGAGGAGGCGGAGCUACAAGGCCAGAAGAAGACGGUGCAGCUGGAAGUGAUCGGAAGACAGGUGGAGGAGGAGGGGCUGGCAGACAUGAGUGACUGACACACACACACACACACACACACACACACA